AAAGAAUUUACACAAUUACACAAGACGUGGAACUCGUGGAAAAAGUUGCUUUACCAAACGCACCGGAACGCUGCCGGUCUUGAACUCUCCCUAACCCGGACGUGUUGUAUACAUGCUGUAUGCUGUUGUGUAGGAAGGGAACUUCAGGGCAGUCAGUCUGAGUGAUCAGAGCUCUCAUCACAUCAUCACUGGUCGUAUCAGUCCUGACUGAGCUCAGUGUACGAGGAUGAAGAUCGCUGUGCUGGGAGCCACCGGGCAGACUGGACAGCAUCUGGUCAGCCAGGCGCUGCAGCAAGGUCACAUUGUCACUGCUGUCGUCAGGAACCCGGCGAAGCUCACCGUGCAACAUGACAAUCUCAAGGUGGUGGAAGCUAAUAUUUUCUCAGCAGACAGUCUAAAGGUUCAUUUCAAAGGACAGGAUGUGAUCAUGUCCUGUCUUGGCUUCCCAACCUCCUUCUUCUCAGCAGUGACAGGAUACACGCUUUCCAUGAACGCUAUGAUCAACGCUAUGCGAGAGGCCCGAGUCAACCGGGUCAUCACCAUGACCUCCUGGUACACGGAGCCUAACUCUGGAACUCAGUCACCGUACCUGAUCCGGUUCCUCCUUCUGCCCAUGAUUCGAAGCGUCCUCAACAACAUGUAUGAGAUGGAGGCGUUUCUGCAGAAAACUGAGGACAUCAGCUGGACUGUGGUUCGUCCACCUGGCCUCAAGAACCUGCCGGCCUCAGCUCAAGAGUUUCUGACCCAUGAGGGAUACUUUGUGCCAGACAGCAGUGGCCAACCUGCUGGUGGCGUAGUGGGACGGGGAGACGUGGCUCGCUUCAUGCUCUCUCUUCUCAACAGCAACGCCUGGGUCAAGCAGGCGGUCGCCAUCAUCACCAAAUGAGAAAGAAGUAUCCAGUGUCUUUACAUCGAAAGUACAAUAUAUAUUUGCCUACCAAUUUAUAGCCUUAUCUCACCAUUUGAAUGUUUUAAGAUAGCAACAUUUGAGGUUUUUACAAUAAUAAAUCUGUGAGCACCAUAAAGAAAACACAAAAAAUGCCUGAAUAUGGUUCACGUUGAGAUAUUGCUGCAGCUGGGGGAAGAGAAAAAUCUUUGUCUGCCUUAUAAAAUCUGCCUGAUGAAUGUCUGUUUAAUGACGCUUGUUUAACAAAUUCCUUGUUUUUAUAUAUUUGCAAACCUGUGUUAAUACAUACAGUGUGCAAUUAUGUUGGUGUUUCUAUCAUCAGUUCAGGUCCAUGUCCCUUACACAUGUGGGGGUAAUACGUUCUUUCAGCCACACGAGGGCGACUCUGACUGUCGGAUUUAGUAGCUUUAACUGACAUCUAAAAAAAACAAAAUAAACCAGAAGGAACAAAUGCCUUGUAUGCAAUCCCUUCAUAUCAAAACAUGUGUGUUAUGAGUUCUGUGUUGCCAAUAUUGAGUGUGCUGGAAGUGCAGUUUGGGAAAUAAUUUAAGAGCAAAUUGAGGUUUGUGGCAGAUAUCCUGUGGUGAGCUACAAUAUAUAAUAAAAGGACGGUUCUGUCACCAUCUGUCAAAGACAAAA